GAGGCCAAAGCGAGGAGCUCCAAAGCGAGACGUUGUUAUAAAUAGUGGACUCGCUACCGCAACCAAAAUUCAGAAGUCAGGUCUAUCUCUCUCUCUGACUGAGCUUCUGAUCCGACGCCCCCGUUUUUCUGUUACCAGAACAACUUCGAAAGUUGUUUUCCGGUGAGUUCGAAAUGGCGGAGAAAAGCAAGAUUUUGAUCAUUGGAGGAACCGGUUAUAUCGGAAAACACAUUGUCGAAGCAAGUGCCAAGUCUGGACAUCCAACUUUCGUUUUGGUCCGACAAAGCACAGUUUCUGAUCCUGUCAAGGGGAAACUCAUCGAGGGUUUCCAGAACUCCGGCGUCACUCUCAUCCAUGGUGACCUUUACGAUCAUGAAAGUUUAGUGAAGGCGAUCAAGCAGGUCGAUGUAGUAAUCUCAACUGUAGGUCACGCACAGUUACCAGAUCAGGUGAAGAUCAUUGCCGCCAUCAAGGAAGCUGGAAAUGUUAAGAGAUUCUUCCCGUCGGAAUUUGGCAAUGACGUGGAUCGUGUUCACGCUGUUGAGCCAGCCAAGACUGCAUUUGCAACCAAGGCUCAGAUACGCCGUGCUACUGAGGCUGCAGGGAUCCCCUACACUUAUGUUUCCUCCAAUUUCUUUGCUGGCUUUUUCCUCCCGACCUUGUCACAGCCAGGAGCCACUGCUCCUCCAAGGGACAAAGUCAUCAUAUUAGGAGAUGGAAACCCAAAAGCUGUUUUCAACAAGGAAGAAGACAUUGGCACCUAUACGAUCAGAGCUGUAGAUGACCCUCGAACCUUGAACAAGAUCCUGUACCUGAGACCCGCGGGCAACAUUUACUCAUUCAAUGACAUUGUAUCCCUGUGGGAAAAGAAGAUCGGCAAGACCCUUGAAAGGAUUUACGUCCCGGAGGAGAAACUUCUCAAGGACAUCCAAGAGUCCCCAAUUCCAAUCAACGUUGUACUGUCCAUUUCCCACUCAGUCUUUGUAAAGGGAGAUCACACCAACUUCGAGAUCGAGCCUUCGUUUGGUGUGGAGGCUUCUGAGCUCUAUCCUGAUGUGAAAUACACCAGCGUGGACGAGUACCUCAAUCAGUUUGUCUAAGAUCCUAACUCUUAUCCAAAUGUUUGGUUCAGUUGCAGUAGAUUAAAGUAAAUAAAAUGGUACCACAUACGAUUGCAGUCUGGUCUUUUAGAAGUUGUGUGAUGAAGAAAAGAGGUGGGUUCCUUUGCUUAUGUCUGAGAGAAUUGCCAUGUGUAAACUUUUCUGAUCAGAAACCAAUGAAAAUUUGUCGGUUGUUGUCGACUGGAACGGGCAUCGCCCUUCACUUGGAAAAUCAACAUCCAGACAACAAAAUUGCUUUA